UUACUUUCAAACGUUAUGUUGUUGAUGUAUUGAAGCAGCAAUAAUCUGUAGCAAUUUUUCUGUAGAUUUAAAACAAUAUAUUUGAUUAUCUUGAUACAACUGUCUAGAUAACAUGACUUCGGCACUAGCCUCUUUAACCGCUACAUAUACAGAUUCAGAAGGUGAAGAAGAUCAUGAAGACCAAAAAGAAAAUUCCACGGAGAGAGAAGUAACAAUGGGCUCUCCAAACACACCAGAAGGCUACCGAUCUAGUAAUUCUUCACCACAACCCAUCAGUCCUGCUCCUAUAAAAAUAACGUCAAAGGUCGCUAAGUUGGUAUCUUAUCAAGACGAUACAAUUGUCUCUGAUGAAGAGGGUGACGCUGAAGAUAUACCACACGAAGUUAUUAUAAUGACAGAAAACAGCCGAGAAAAUAAUAAUUCUAAAGAAGCAGAUAGCAUGAUUCCUCCAGAACCUCCUGGGCAUUGUUCCAUAGAGUUGCAGGAUAAAAUAACUAAAUUGCAUGAGACAAUGUUAACUCAACAAAUGGAUAUGAAUGCUCAUAUUCAAAAAAAGAAAGAAUUUAGGAAUCCUAGUAUUUAUGAAAAACUUAUACAAUUCUGUGAUCUAAAUGAAUUAGGUACAAACUAUCCCCCUUCAAUAUAUGACCCCCUUAAAUGGAACAAAGAAUCCUACUAUGAAGAGUUAGCAAAAGUUCAAAAAACAGAAAUGGACAAACGUGAUAAGGAAAGAAAAGGAAAGGUAGUAGAACUUCUAAGUGGUACUAAGAAGGUAGAUGAUGACAAAAAAAGAAAAAGCAAAUGGGAUCAGCCAGGUGGAGGAUCAGUGUCAAACAAAAACAUUCAACCAGCUGGGUUAGUUCAACCAUCAUUGACAACCUCUACAACUGGCACAAAAGGAACAGUUAUAUCAGCUUUUGGCUCUUUACCUAAAAAACCUAGACCUUAAAGUAGCAACAGUGUUUUAAAUUUAUUUGUAAAUUGUAUAUAUUAUUAAGUAUAAUUUUUUCUAGAAUUAA